CAAACAAGAGGUAAGAUGAUGAACACGUGACCUGUGUUUGGCACAAACCCAGUUUUCCAGCGAGAGAGAAUCAGAAAACUGAAAAAGGAAGAGAAAUCUUGCCUCUUGCACCAUAAUUACGAUGACGAUGCAUUGAGUGGGAAAAAUCUCAGUAGCCAUGACGAGGUCGCUGAUCCAAAGCAUGACGCCGUUCUUCGCAGCUCGAAUUCGGCGAAAUCACAUCCUCCUGAAGUCUUCUCAUUCAUCUUCUUCUUCGGCUCUUCAGGAUGCCUCUUCUCAAUCCCAAUCUCCUUCUCCCGACGCCGUUCACAUGACCGAUAAUUGCAUCAAGGAAUCCCUUUCAGAGAAUGAAAGAAUUGCAAGCAACUGAAUCAUCACUGGAUGAAAAGAUGCUUCGCUUGAGUGUUGAAACCGGUGGAUGUUCUGGGUUUCAGUAUGUUUUCAACCUGGAUGACAAAAUGAACCCAGAUGACAGAGUUUUUCAGAGAGAAGGUGUAAAGUUGGUGAUUGAUGAUAUUUCAUAUGAUUUUGUAAAAGGGGCAACUGUUGAUUAUGUUGAGGAGCUAAUUCGUUCUGCAUUCCAGGUGUCUACAAAUCCAAGUGCAGUGGGAGGCUGCAGUUGUAAAAGUUCAUUCAUGUUGAAACAAUAGGUCAUUCAAGCAUAUUACCCGUAUUUCCAGCAAGGAUGGGAACUCAUCUGCAUCUGGGGUCAAUUCAUUUUCUACAGGAUAACAAUAAUAUGAAUUUGUACACACUGAGCAAUCAUGUAAUAUUUUGAUGUUACUUGACUUGUCUUGCAUUAGGAAACUCAUUAAUGAUUGAUUGCCCUGAUAUUUUGGAACUAACCCGUCUGACAAUUUAGUUCAGAUCAUGUUGAACGAAGUUGAUUAUGGGACAGUUACCACAAUGAGGGUCACCUUGAAAUAGGUUAUUGAGCUCUACAGCAUACAAACAACAGUGUAACAAAGCAUGUUGAUUUGAUUAUUUAUAUUAUGAGUCUGUAACAAGCAAUACAGCAUGAAGAGCAAAGGAUGAAAAAGGCAGCAAAGGAAAUGAAAUAUACUGGCCAUCCAAAUUGUUGGCAAAUCAAUUCCUUAAAAAGACAAUUAAACCAAUUCAAGGCCAAAAGAAACAUGUCUGUUGAAUUAAAGUGAGUAACAAUUAUUGCAACAAUGAGCAUUGCUACCUAUAAUAGAUAUAUAUGCUCAAG